AGUGCCUUCGUUCUAUAAAAAAUGGAUCAUUUCAAUGGUCUCGAUCCUUUUCGCUAUAAGGACCAGCCUCUAUUUCCCAUACAAUGGCUGAAGUUUGACCACUCAAAAUACCCAGUUUGUUCAUUUAGUGAAUAUCCGAUCUUACGAGGAUGGAGCCUAGAUGCCGUCCAAGUAAUGAAAAGGGCUGAAGUGGACACUGCGUUUUGCAAAGACACGCUACCAAUGCUUCAGAGUUGGCUGUUUUUAGGAGCUCUUGAGUCGAUCAUUAAGUGCCGAAUCCAAUCCGAUAAGUAUAUUCGAAUCAGACGAAAGCAAGAAAUCAUAUCAACGAGAUUUUUAGUUGAUCUUUGGAAGGAUUGGAGGUCUUCAACUAAAAGCCUUCCAGUCCAUGAAAAGGAGAAUCGAUGCCGCGAGAUUGCUGAGGUCCUCUCUGAGAUCCAAACAUGGUGUCUGAAGCUCGGUAACUGGCAGGAGAAUGACAUAGAUCGCCGUAGAGGCACGUCGAUAGGAGUGCGAACAGCCCCAAAUGAGGUCGACUCGGUCUGUGUUCUACUUACUUUGGUUGGUGGAAGUAUCAAUACCGAGAGGACGUUCCUACAGGAAUCAAGGUCCUUACGGCGUGGGUUUAUGGGUUGCUAUACGGCUGAAAGCGAAAAUCGAUUGGCUCAUCGUCUUGUUGCGUGUGGAUGGUGUCCCUUUAUGGCACGAAUCCUUUUUACGUACGGCUAUUCCGUGGCCGAAUUUGCCCGUUACUUCAACACAAAGGAACCACCUUGGAGGACUCAUAAAAGGUGCUCACCACUUUACUGUGUUGCCUAUAAGGUUGACGAGGCUUCAUAUCAACCUAGACAUGACAUCCACGGUUGCAGCUGCUCACAUCUAAAACCACCCCUAUACGAUGUCACGGCUUUACUCAGACGAGGGAAGAUUCCGGUUAUCUCUAUUGAAGGGCAACAAGAGGUAACGUCGAUUCCCCGGAAUCUAAAGCAGGGCAAUAUCUCUCUCCAAGUUAGCGACUCUUCAGAGAUAGAAGCCUUUGGUGGAUACGCUGCGUAUUCCCAUGUUUGGUCUGACAGGAUGGGUAGCACUACGGAGAAAGGUCUACCCACUUGUCUCGUCGCCAGUCUUUUCGAGAGGGCACACGCUCUUGGCUUCAAGUAUAUCUGGAUCGACUCUCUCUGCGUCCCAGAGCAAGACGAUGCCCGCAUCCAGGCCAUUAUACUGAUGAACGCAACAUACAAGAACUGUGCAGUCACAAUCGUCCUUGAUUCUCAUAUCAGACAAAAGUACUUCAAUGAUGAUGGGUGGCCACCACUGGAGAUUACUCUUUUAGCAAUAGUGACAUCACCUUGGAUGCAACGCUUGUGGACACUUCCAGAGACAAUUCUCCCAGCGCGGCUGAUUUUCCAAUUUCGAAACACGUUAGCGAGUUCCAAGGACAUCCACGAUGCCAUAAUUGACUAUUGCCAGCAAGAUUUCAAUCCCGUCAUCCAGACACUUUCCAUGCAAUUUCUUAGGAUGCUAAUGCGUACGGAUAUACUAGGGCAGGAGUUCGGGAAAGAAAUAGACUUGGCGCAAAUGUUACAUAUGCUUCGGCUGCGAAGUACGUCGAGGGCGAGCGAUGAGGUUAUCGCUAUCGCCGACCUGCUCGACCUAGACGUCAAGCCUCUCCUCGCUGCCAAGAAUGACCUUGAGCAACAAAGGAAGCUAUUCUUCCAAGCCCUGGGACGAGUCCCUAGCGACAUUAUCUUUACGUCAACCCCUCGAAUGACAUCGCCUGGUUUCCGUUGGGCGCCAUUGUCGUUUCUUGCGAACGAUAAGAUACCGGACAUUCGCAGAUCCUGCGCCACGAGGAACAGAAACAAGCUAGCCCGAUGCCUUCCUGCCGGAAGGUUGCUUGGUUCUUAUCAGGUGUCUCGGCUGUCACGUCCAUGCACAUUGCAGUAUGCCAUCGCGGUGACAAUUCUGCACGGUCAAGUUCCGAAGAAGGUUACCAUGGCAAAGACGGAGGACGUGGCCAAAUCGACCAAAUUCGAUGCUUUUGCCAUGCUACCACACACAAGUGGUGUCGAAAUGGCCUUGCAGGUUGCUGCCGCUAUGGUGUACAAGGACGAAUCGGUUGAUGGAUUACCAAUGUAUGAGUACCAAGGUCGAAUUUUGGUUGGAGACUCUACCAUGUGGCCAAGUAAUCCGACCAACCGGAUAGAUGUAUAUGAUCACCAAGACGAAGUUGAGAUUAUCCUACUUUAAACCUUUAUAAUUAAAUUUUGCUCGAAGUUUA